CCUGUUGUGCUCACAGACCACCCGUGUCCUAAACUGUCCCUAUUGUGCGCACAGACCACCCGUGUCCUGGACUGUCCCUGUUGUGUGCACAGACCACCCAUGUCCUGAAUUGUCCUUGUUGUGUGCACAGACCACCCAUGUCCUGAACUGUCCCUAUUGUGCGUACAGACCACCCGUGUCCUGAACUGUCCCUGUUGGACGCACAGACCACCCAUGUCAUCAACUGUCCCUAUUGUGCGCACAGAUCACCCGUGUCCUGAACUGUCCCUAUUGUGCACUCAGACCACCCUUGUCAUGAGCUGCCCCUGUUACACGCCCAGACUACCCUUACUUGAACCGCCCCAUAGUGUGCCCGGAUACGCUGUGUCGGAGCUG